AUGGCAGAUGAGCGUCGAAUAUCACUGGAGCUCUUUUCAUUGAUAAAGCCUACAUGUGUUGAAAUAUCGAGGAUUGCAACACUUGAGUCAGACGACUUUGAAAAUGCAUUGAAUGCCUUAGUACACGAUCUUGCAACACUUUGCAGUCACUUGGAUCAGCAUCGAGAGCAUUCGCAAGACCAAUAUAGACUAGCCCCAAAAUUGGCAGACUACGUAUUUUUUCCAAUAACGGGAUUGCUUAAGCAAAAGUCAUUGAGUAUCGAUGCGACGAAGCACGUUCUACAUGUCAUUGGAUUCCUUCUAUUGCAUUCGUGGCUGCACGAGAUAAACGAAGCUUUGCUCGAUCAGCUAUCUCCAGUCAUAGUCUACCUAUGCGGUGGACUUGAACAGAGUUCUUUUGAUACCCCAUUGAAAGACAGAAGCUUAGAGUUCAAGCAGGAGGCAACAUAUUGUCUUACACAUCUCAUUCACUGCUUCCCGAGAACGUACUACGCCAAAGAGGAUAAGAAGCGAUUGAGCCUACUAGGCGACAUAACGACUAUUUUGCUUGACAUAUUGACUAGCAUUCCGCUGCCCUUGGAGCAAGACGGAAAUGCAGUAGCUGUUGAUAUACUUCGAAGUCUUAAUUGGUUAUACUCUACGCGGACCAGUGCUGAGCAAGCUUCGUUCGUCUUCCCAGGAAUUGUCUCCAAGGUUAUAAAUUUUGUCAUCAUGUCAAAGAACUUGCAUAUCGAAACUCUUAAGCAGGUCCUUGAUUUAUUGAAAGCAUCCAUAGUCAAGGUAUUCUCAGAUUCAGAUUUGAGGGCCGAAUUUAUGGAAAGUACUGAAGAUUUCAGCUCGAUUAGCUCGCUACGAGAUUUUUUUGAGGACCAAAGCACACCGAACGCUGCCAUUCAUAGUGUCAAGAUAGCAACCGGUACCGAUACGACCUCUCAUAGAACCAAAGCAUGGCACGCCGCAACUUCUAAGCAGCUCAAAAUUGCCCUUAUAACACUUUUCAAAUACUCUUUAAUAACAAGCAGUAUAAAAGAUAAGGUGCGGCUCCACAAGAGUCUCCAAAACUCCUUUUUUGCAUUCAUAGAGGAUGUCACGAUGAAUUGCUCACGAGCACUUUUUCAAGACAUAAUUCCAAUCUUUACAGAUAUAAUCCCAUUGCUCAUAAGCUGCAUAGGAAACAGUGAUUUAUACAAUGCUGAUGAAUAUCAUGACAAAGGAAGUGCUUUACUUCUUCUUAACGACCGCACUUAUUUGUCUCAUUUCAAGGAUUUGUUGGAAAAGAAGGCAGAUGAUAUAAUCUCAAACCAUCUUGAUCGAGCUCUUAUUAGUGCUGAUGAUGAAAAAUUGGAACUCACGCUAGUCGCGUUGCGAUUCCAUCUCCACAUAUUAAGCGAGUUGGUUCGACGUCUACACGCGCAAGAAAAUGAUCAACUUGAGCGAAAGAUGAUGGCAUUAUCGACGUUGUUUAGAGGCAUCACCGACAGAUUUCAUUACAAUCGUACAACAGUAGGUGAGGCAAGCUCCAAGUUGAAAGAACUUGAUACGAUUGAUGAGAACUCCAUUGGCGAAGAGCUGAACAAACUCGACUCAAUCAUUCUUCCGCUGCAUAUCAAUGCUAAAAGUGUCACCAAAGUGAGAGCAGGUCGUAUUAAGCAGAGAACAUCUAAUAGUUCUGAUCUAGUUUUGCUAUCAAAGUCCCUCGACAAACUGGUGGAUGGCCUUAGGCACGACCCUAUAUACCUCUUCGAAGGAUCUUUCUCACACAAAGCUGAGGAUUCUUUACACGAAUUUUUGGUAUAUGUGGGAAGGUCAAGCAAGGUAUUGCCAAUUAUAGAAAUGUUGUUGAGCAAAGUUGAAUCAAUGGAGUCCGAUGCUGAGCAAGGCAUGGGAGUAUUUCUCUGGAUAUCCAAUAUUCUCCUUCAGCAUUUGAUCAAGCGAAAUGGCUUGAAAGACAUAAGCACCUUUGUGAAUGUGUUCGACGAUGACGUUGAAAACGAUGACAAUGCGGCCGAGGCAGCAUACAUCAUCCUCGACCUGGCCCAAGAUGCACUUGAGGAUGAUCCAGAAAACAAGCUCCAAGCAGUUAAAGCAUCCACAUCACAUUUACUUAGCCUGAGCGACCUCAAAUAUGCAAUGAGUAUCCAAACCCUUGGAUCGCUCUCGAAGAUGUUAAGCAAAGAAGAUUUUCAAAGAGAUGUUUUAAUGGAUCAUCUUUAUACAUUAUUGCAAGCCUUAACCUAUCCAUCAGAUCAUAUGAUUCAUAGGAUGGCAAAAAGCUCCUUAAACGCCAUCGCACUCGAGCAUUACGGAGGCUCUGUGGCAAGACUUAUCAAUCAAAAUGCCGAUUACUUGAUGGACAAAAUAAGCAUAUCCCUCUCAGUAAGUAGUGGCUUGACUCCAUCUCUACCCGGCAUUUUGUUGGUGGUAUUGAAGAUAUCUGGCGAUGACUUGGUCAAUAGCAAUCAAUUAAGGGAUGUAUUGAGUGAGAUAUUUCUCGUUGUUGACGCGUUUCACGGAUAUUCUGUCUUGAUGGAAAAUUUUUUCAUCAUUUUUGAAGAAGUCGUUGCUUUAAUGAAAAAAAAGUAUGCGAAGGAACUCAAUGACCGCAAUAAGAUCAUCCUGAGUACACCCGUACGCCGAUUUCGACCUUGGGGUAUAACAAAUAGAGAUGAGUUUCUCGACCUUAUAGACGAGAAAAAUAAGCAAACAGAUCCCUUCACAGAUUAUGAUCCUCAAAAGGAGUAUUUCAAGAGAAAACCAGGCAUUCCUUUUGGCGAUCAAGCACCGGAUUCAGAUGACGAUAGCGAUGAUGAGGGCACCAGUCUCCUGCCCGAAGAAGACCGCAUUUGGCCCUCUCCCAUUCCAGAAGAUUCCUAUAAAAUUGUCCUUCAAAUAUUCAUGUAUGGUUUGCAAUUGCUCACACAUCCAUCUAUAAAACUUCGCUUGAUUAUCUUAAAAUUAUUCAAAGAUGCUUACGGUAUCGUUGCGUCUAAUUAUGAAAAGUUGAUGCCUGUGUUGGCUGAGUUCUGGCCGAUCAUAUUGUCUAUCAUUGCAGGCACACAAACUAUUUCGGAAUGGGAAUACGGCGUGGCCACGCAUCAACCUCAACUUGUCGAAUCGGCAUUGAAGUUUGCGAUACGUGUUUUUCAAGAGGAUGCAAGACACAACGCGUUCAUGAGUCGCAGAUUCCUUGAUACCUGGGAGUACCUUCGAAAACAUAAUCGAUUGUUUUCAAGCUCUCGCCAAUCGCAUGAAUCAAUGGACAUCGAAGUAUCAACCGUGACACCCACCAUUAUAGGCUCCUAUGCGGAGCUUUUACUAACGGGAUUGAGCCAGUACGAACGACAGAUCCCUCAUCAAGCUGCAUUGGCUAUGGUUCAGUGGUGCAUAAAAUCAGGUACUGAUGAGACUCGCUUUCAAUUGAGCAGAGGCGUCAAGAACGCUUUUUGGGUCAGUAGAACAUACGGCUAA